CGCUGUUAUCAGGUUAGUGUUAGCCGCGGUGCUGGGGCUCGGGAUUCCAAGCGGAGCUGGUUGAGCUCUCAAAGUCCCUCACCGCGCUGGCUUUGGGGGGGUCUUCAGUGGUGUCAAUACAAAAGAGGAGCUGAGCAAAGCGAGAGACUCCUGCUAACCAGGGACAUGGACAUGAAGAAAAGGAUCCACUUAGAGCUGCGGAACAGGACGCCCUCAGAUGUUAAAGAACUCGUUCUUGACAACUGUAGGUCAAAUGAAGGCAAAAUUGAAGGACUCACAGAUGAGUUUGAAGAGCUGGAAUUCUUAAGUACAAUCAACGUAGGCCUAAGCUCAGUUGCAAACUUACCAAAGUUAAACAAACUUAAGAAGCUCGAACUAAGCGAUAACAGAAUCUCAGGCGGACUGGAAGUAUUGGCAGAAAAGUGUCCAAACCUCACGCAUCUAAACCUAAGCGGCAACAAAAUAAAAGACCUCAGUACAAUAGAACCUCUGAAAAAAUUAGAAAACCUGAAGAGUUUAGAUCUGUUCAAUUGCGAGGUCACCAACUUGAACGACUACCGAGAAAAUGUCUUCAAACUCCUCCCCCAACUCACAUAUCUCGACGGCUAUGACCGGGAUGACAAAGAGGCCCCAGAUUCCGACGCAGAGGGCUACGUGGAGGGCCUGGAUGAUGAAGAGGAGGAUGAAGACGAAGAGGAGUACGAUGAAGAUGCUCAAGUAGUAGAAGAUGAAGAGGAGGAUGAGGAGGAGGAGGAAGGAGAAGAGGAGGAUGUGAGCGGGGAAGAGGAGGAAGAUGAAGAAGGUUAUAAUGAUGGUGAAGUAGAUGAUGAGGAUGAAGAAGAAGAAGUCGAUGAAGAAAGAGGGCAGAAGAGAAAACGAGAGCCUGAAGACGAGGGCGACGAAGAUGAUUAAACUGAAUAACCUAUUUUGAAAGUUUCUUAUUGUGAUUUGACUGUUUUUACCUUGUAUUUCCCCCUCCCUCCCCGACUUUAUUUUUUUUCUGAUUGUAAUGUUGCUGUGGGAAUGAGAGGGAAAAGCGGAUUGGGUGGGCGAGGGAAUAAAAUACUAUUUUUACUGCCACUCCUACUUUUCAUUUUUAAAAUUUUUCUUUUUGUCCCUUUUUAGUUCCUGUGAAUGCAAUAGUAAGUAUAAACCAAGUGGCAAUUUGUUUCUUAUUAUUGGAGUGGAUAGUUUUGACAUCUUAAACUUAAGCUCAGUAGAGGAUAUCCAAAAUAGACCUAGUCUGUUUUGAGACAGCUCCCGUUGUCGGGAUUUACCAUCUCUGCCAGUCACUAAGAAUAUUGUAAGCAGUUUUUGGGGGAUGCUGCAGAUGUAGGCAAAGCAUCCAGUCCACAGCCACAGGUGUGAGAAUGGCAUCUUGAUAAAAGUGAUUUCUUUGUUGCCUGUUUGUGAAUGACUGCCAUUUUCAGCCAAUGCUUUUUCCCUGCUUCGGUAGGUAACUCUUCUUUUGCUGUUUGUAAAUAGUGACCAAACGUGUUCUUUUGGGUUUUUUGUUUUUCUUUUGUUGAGUUCUUUUGGAUCUGGUUUAUGGGGUGAUGACUUUGCAAUCCCCCUCUGUGUGUUGUGGUUUUGGGGUUUUUUUUUUUCUGUUUUGGUUCUUUUUGUCUGGGGUUCAGCCAAUACACUGAAAAUGGCAGGCAUUUAAAUAUAUAUAUAAAUAUAUAUAAAAAGUGUUCCUAAUUCCUGAGUUACUAGUGAAAUGAAUUUGACAAUUGUAAUAAAAAAAUGUUUCAACCCUUUUAAA